AUGGAAGGGCCAAGGAAUCGAAAACAGCGACGAGCAGCAGCAGGAACAGCCGCAGCUUCCACCCGUGACUCCUCGUUCGAUCCAUCUUCGAUCCCUUUAGCCCAUCCUCAAGAAACGUCCCCCGACGACGUACCGAAGCGAAGGACGUUGGUGGAACUCAUUGCUGAGAGACAAAAUGAGAUCUUGGCCAAAGAACAGAGGGACACUGCAAAGUCGGGUCCAGAAACGCAAUUCAUGACCGUGGAUCCGUUAUCUGGCAAGAUUUCCCAGUUCAACCCUUCAAUGCUGUCGUCAAAGGAACAAAGCGAUGAGAAGGACCGGGCAGGACCAGCGACUGAGGGCUCGCAGAUCGAGCCGAACGCAGCAGACGACGGCGUUGAUGAACCGAUUCCCCCAUUAAUCGACACGCUCCUGCUCUCCGUACCACUGACGACAUUACACCUUACGCUGGCCUACCUGGCGGCUCACCAAUACGCGGAAACGAUCGUGUUGGAAAAGCUCCUGCGCGAGUCUGCAUUUAUUGCAUUUCCCAUGCUGACGCUGCUCGUCCAUCUUGCUCAUGGACACGUCGUAUCAGUGCACAGAGGAAAUAAGAAGCAGGAGAAAAUCUCGCUCUUCCCUUGGUCUCAAGACAAGCUCACGCUUUCAUUCGUUCGGAAGCUGCUUUUCCCCCCGAGUCUGCGGACAAUGGCGUUCUUGCCUGUUGCCGUGCUCCUGGGAACCAAGCUGAUGACUAUGACCAACGAGGAUCCAUACUAUGCUGUUAUGAAGCAAGCCCCUGCCAUCGGAACUUUAUGGGUGUGGAGCAUUCUGGAAAUUCCAGUGGGCGCAGCUGCUUUAGGCGCACUGGGGCCGUUGAUAUGGGGUGUCUGGUGGAAAGGAUACGGUAUCUUUUAA